CUCCUCAUGCUCAUCCAUCCAUCCAUUCAUGCUGUCUCCCCAUGCAUUUCCUACUGCCUGAUUAAAAGGAAAGGCAGGUGUGUGCUUGGCUCUCUUUCUCUCUGAACCUGAACCUGGCACCCUUUCUCCUGUCUCUCUGUUGGGGGAGCAAAGCAUGGAGAUCAGCCAUGAGGAGAGGAUGGAGAUGUCCAUUGUGGAGCAGCUGCCCCCUUCCUCUCACCACAAUGGUGGCAGUGUUGAGGUUGACAUGGAGGAGGAUCACCUGUGGCCAGCCAAAGAUGGACCUCUUCCUAUAUUCCUUAAGUUUGAGAAUGUGGAGUACAAGGUGAAGCUCAGUCCAAAGAACCCACUGACAGCUGCAAGAGUAGCAUUUGCAUCUCACAAGAGUGCUGAGGAUCAGGGCAGCUGCAAGCACAUUCUGAAGGGCAUAGGGGGCAGUGUUGAUCCUGGUGAGAUCCUGGCACUGAUGGGCCCAUCUGGCAGUGGCAAGACAACGCUGCUGAAGAUACUGGGAGGCAGGCUUAGUGGUGGUGUCAAGGGCCAGAUUACCUACAAUGACACUCCCUACAGCCCCUGCCUGAAAAGGAGGAUUGGAUUUGUGACUCAAGACGACGUCCUUUUCCCCCAGUUGACAGUGGAGGAGACCCUUGUGUUCGCUGCGUUCUUGAGACUCCCAGCUCGCAUGUCCAAGCAGCAGAAGCGCGACAGAGUCGAUGCCAUCAUAACCGAGCUAAAUCUAGAGAGGUGCCGGCACACGAAGAUAGGUGGAGCAUUUGUGAGGGGCGUGUCGGGCGGCGAGAGGAAGAGGACGAGCAUCGGGUACGAGAUCCUCGUGGACCCCUCGCUGCUGCUGCUCGACGAGCCCACGUCCGGCCUCGACUCCACGUCGGCGACCAAGCUCCUCGUCGUGCUCCGCCGCCUGGCCAGGUCGGCGGCGCGGCGGACGGUCAUCACCACCAUCCACCAGCCGUCCAGCCGGAUGUUCCACAUGUUCGACAAGCUGCUGCUCGUCGCCGAGGGCCACGCCAUCUACCACGGCAGCGCCCGCGGCUGCAUGCCCCACUUCGCCGCCCUCGGCUUCGCCCCCGGCAUCCCCAUGAACCCCGCCGAGUUCCUCCUCGACCUCGCCACCGGCAACCUCGACGGCAUCUCCGCCCCGGACUCCCUCCGCGCCGCCUCGCCGGACUCCCUCGAGUUCAGGUCCCACGUCAUCAAGUACCUGCAGGCGAAGCACAGGGCGGCGAGCGAGGAGGCGGCGGCGGCGGCGAGGGUCGACGGCGGCGGCGGCGAGGGCGGGAUGGACGAGCUGGCGAAGCAGCUGAGGCUGGCGGUGCGGAUGAGGACGAAGGACAGGCGGAGCAUCGGCUGGCUGCAGCAGUUCGCCGUGCUGUCGCGGCGGACGUUCCGGGAGCGCGCCGCCGACUACCUCGACAAGAUGCGGCUCGCCCAGGCCGUCGGUGUCGCCCUCCUCCUCGGCCUCCUCUGGUGGAAGUCCCAGACCGGCAACGAGGCGCAGCUCAGAGACCAAGUGGGAUUGAUCUUCUACAUAUGCAUCUUCUGGACGUCGUCGUCGCUGUUCGGGUCGGUGUACGUGUUCCCGUUCGAGAAGCUGUACCUGGUGAAGGAGAGGAAGGCGGACAUGUACAAGCUGAGCGCCUACUACGCGAGCAGCACGCUGUGCGACGCCGUGCCGCACGUCGUCUACCCGGUGCUCUUCAUGGCCAUCCUCUACUUCAUGGCGGGCCUCCGCCGCACCGUCGCCUGCUUCUGCCUCACCCUCCUCGCCACGCUCCUCAUCGUCUUCACCAGCCAGGGCACCGGCGAGCUGCUCGGCGCCGCCAUCCUCAGCGUCAAGAGGGCCGGCGUCAUGGCGUCGCUCGUCCUCAUGCUCUUCCUCCUCACCGGCGGCUACUAUGUCCAGCAUAUACCGAAGUUCAUAAGGUGGCUGAAGUACGUGUCGUUCAUGCACUACGGGUUCAACCUGCUGCUGAAGGCGCAGUACCACGGCCACCUGACCUACGACUGCGGCGGCCGAGGAGGCUGCCGCCGGCUGCAGUCGUCGCCGUCGUUCGGCACCGUCGACCUCGACGGCGCCAUGCGCGAGGUCUGGAUCCUCCUCGCCAUGGCCGUCGCCUACCGCCUCCUCGCCUACCUCUGCCUGCGCAAGCGGAUCAGCCUCAUGCCCUUGUGAUCUCAUCUCGUCUUUCUUUCUGUCUGUCAGAUCGGCUUCGUUAAUUAAUUGCAGAAAGAUAGCAGUAACUCGUUGCAGUUUGCUGUGAACUGUUCAGAUGUGUAUCGAUCCUUUUUUUCUUUCUUUCGUCGCCGUCGUCUUCGAGAUGUAUUUUGAUCAUUUUUUCUUUCUGUCGU